UUUCACUCCAGUUUUAAUUUCUUCCGUCAUGUCGAGCAUUGGCACUGGCUACGAUUUGUCAGCUACGACGUUCAGCCCUGACGGCCGCGUCUUCCAAGUCGAGUACGCUGCCAAGGCAGUCGAGAACAGCGGCACUGCCAUUGCCCUCCGUGUCAAGGAUGGCGUCGUCUUUGGUGUUGAAAAGCUCAUUCUGUCCAAGCUGUACGAGCCUUCGUCCAAUCGUCGCAUCUUUACUGUGGAUCGUCACGUCGGCGUGGCAAUCGCUGGCCUCGUUGCCGAUGCGCGCCAAGUGGUCAACCGCGCUCGCGAGGAGUCUGCCAACUACCGCUCAUUCUACAACAGCCCCAUUCCUUCGCAAGUGUUGAGUCAACGACUUGCUGGCUUUGUCCAAGUCUACACGCUGUACGGUGCCGUUCGCCCGUUCGGCUGCACAGCGCUUGUUGGAUCGUACGACAGCGACGGCGCUCACUUGCACAUGAUUGAGCCUUCUGGCGUUUGCUGGGGCUACCACGGUUGUGCGACCGGAAAGGGCAAGCAGGCCGCCAAGACUGAGAUAGAAAAGCUGAACAUGAGCGAAAUGACCUGCCGCGAGGCUGUUUUCGCGAUUGCCAAGAUCAUUCACAGCAUCCACGACGAGGUCAAGGACAAGCAAUUCGAGCUCGAGAUGAGCUGGGUUGGCGCACACUCCAACGGACGACACGAGCUCGUGCCCAAGGACUUGAUUACCGAGGCUGCGGAGGCCGCUAAGGCAGCUCUUGCCGCCGAGGAGGAGGAUUAAACACAGACACCCAGCACAUAGACACCAAAUUUGAAUAGAAAAAAACAAAAUACAAUCCGAUAAUUUUCGUUUGUCUUACGUUUCUGAUGUUUGCCCGUUUACGCUCCAAGCAUACUAAG